UAGAAAUAUAUUGAAGAUGAUGCUUAUGCUUCAGUUGUGCUAUGUUUUGAUUACUUAUGGUGGUUUGAAAUAUACAAAUCCCACGAAUUUCGAAAGAGAAUUGCCAAGUAGAAUCAUUCAAAAAGGAUUCAUUGUAAAAGCCUACGUCGAAGAAGCGUUGUACUUAGAUACUCAAAUUACUUUCUUCUACACAUUUGGAAUUCGUCGAUUUGCAUUCAGUGAACUUUUGACAAAUUCUUCUAGCGUUAACAUCGAAGAAACUUUCAUACAAGUAUGUAAUGUGGAUAAAUUGAAUACAUCAGUUUGUAAUGAAUACAAUGUUACAAAGAUGUUUAAAUUGGAGAGUUUGAAAGGGAAAACUAUAGAAGUGGAAUAUGACAGAGUAAGUAUUCAUAUUUUUACACGUUUACUAAUCGCUUUUAAUUAA